CUUCAGCGGGCGCAGGGUGAUGACGAUUUAAUGUUACGCUAAACACAACCUGAAAUUCCCUUGUUUCAUUCAUUUGUUCUAACUAUCAAAAUGGCUAAGAUGAAUAAGGGUCCGAAAGCGAACGUAUCGUGGGUGAAACCAGCAGAGCCGUCAUUUUUAAAGAAAUUCAAGAACGAUGUUGGAUUUAAGGAAGGACCCACCAUUGAUACCAAGCGUCUAGAGAUGCCAGCCUUGGAGGAUGACAGUGGCAGUGAUCGUGAAGAUGAGUUGCCUCAAGUUGUCAUUCUCGAAAAGGGAGAUCUGAGCGCUGAAGAAGUGUUACAGAUAAAAGGGGUAAAGGAUGGUACAGAAAAAGAAGACAAGCCUCCUGCAGACGGCAAGAUCCUGUUCAAGAAGCCCACGAAGCGCUCCUCAGACAAGUUCCAGGGCAUCACCGCCAGCUCUAGCAAGAAGAAAAAGAGUGAAGGAGAAGAUGAAGAGAAAAAGGAGAAGUCUGAAAAGAAGGUGAAAAACAAGAGUCUUCUCUCUUUCGGAGAGGAUGAGGAUGAGGACUAGAAGUUAAUUCACUGAGGGAGUUCAGACUAGAGCAAUCAACGACUUAUCAGACUAGAGCAAUCAACCACUCAGGGAUUAUGGAACUGAUCUACUGCGGUUGUUGGCUUUUACUAUGGGCAAAAAGACCCAACAUAGAAUAGCUCCAUGUUGUAGUUUGACCCACUAGACUAAGAUACUUAGACAUUACGGGUCAUCCAUUCUUUUGGAGGUGGAAUCUGGACAUGUAUCUGAAACAAACCCCUUCAUCACAUUCAUGAUCAGAUCUUUAGAUACAUAAGAUGUAUGCUUUUAUUCUUUAUCGACUAUGAGACAUGUCUCUGCUGUUGGAAAUUGUAUAGUGACUCACUGUGGGCCUAUUAUCCAUUCAUUACAACUAUAUUCAUCCGUCCUUCAGUGGACCCUCUGGACUUUUCAUAUAGCCAACACAGGGUCUGGAUCUAAGAUUUAUCAAGGUAACCCUUGUGACAACAGCUACUAAUGGGAAGAAAUGAGCUGGUGGCUUUGGUCAAAAAUAUAGUCUGGAGCGUUGAUGAGAUACAUUUCUACUUCUAAAGUCAAUAAUUCAUUGGAUGUACAAAUAUGUUUUAGCUUCGACAACGGAGCUUCAAAAUAUGUUUAAGUUAAACAAUGCAUUGUUGUUUAUGCCAAGGUGUUGGAUUAUGCUAUGUGAUUGUAUUGUAGUGUGCGUUUUUCUAAAUGAUGGUUUUAGUUGAAUAAGUUUGAAAUGUAACAAUUAAAAUACAUUAAGGCCUUA